GGGAGGAAGCCAUACAAACACACUUCACCUGUCUCACACAUUAUUAGUGCACAGAGCCACGGCAGUGCUGCCUCCCACACUACCACUAACAUCAUGGCUAACCGUGCACAUGCUGGUGUGGUCAAGUAUGGGAGCCACAAGUAUGAUGAUGGCACCCAAUAUAUCGGAGACUGGAACAAGAAAGGCCAGAAGCAUGGCAUGGGCCACCUCGUCCUUCCUGAUGGUACGCGUUAUGAUGGAGCCUUUGAAAAUGGCCUCUUCAAUGGCCUUGGGGUUAUCCACUUCCCUGAUGGUGCCAGAUAUGAGGGAGAGUUCAUGCAGGGUUGGUUCCAUGGCCAUGGAAUAUUCUGGAGGAAUGACAACAUGAGAUUCGAGGGAGAGUUCCGAGGUGGCCGCAUCUGGGGACAUGGACUAGUGACAUACGCAGACGGAUCCAACGGGUUCCCUCGCAAUGAAGGUUUCUUCCAAGACUGCCGUUUCAUGCGCAAAACUCGGUGCCCUCAGGUGAUUCAGAGAGCACAGAAGGUGGCCCACAUCGCUCGAGCACAAAUGGAUAAUUAGUUCAUUUCUACAGCAUGCCUCAAACAUAAGAUUUACUAAACUUCACAAACUUUAUAAGAUCAAAAGUGGAGUGUAACAAUAAUUUAAACCAGUUAAUUGGUUUCCUCCAAAUCCAACAUACAAAAGCUGCACCUGAGUCCUGGAGGUGUGAAGGGCAGUGCCUGCACUCUGAAGGUGUGAAGACAUUGCAGUCGGAGGGUAAUCUGACUGUGAUGUCAGCACACUUCUGGAAAAACUGCCAUUGAAUGAAUGACAAUAAAUGUGUUUUCUGCUUUCAGUAAUCUUGCUUUGGCAGGAGAUGGUAGACAGUUAAAAAAAAUUGAAAUAAACCUGUUACAUCAAACACGUUGAUUCACCUCUCAUAGACUGGUAGUGACCAGUGAAGAGGUGGGGCCAGGAGCUUGGACUCGACCCCUACAACCUCAACUAGGUGAGUACAACUAGGCGAGUACUCUUAUUACUCAUGCCUAAGACAGCUGUUAGUUGGGUCUGACACUAACACCUUUAACCCAUUUGUUCAACUGUAAAUGUUUAUUAAAAGCUUGAUCACUAAAUUUUUCUGAACCAAACUUUUUCUUUUUUUGACUUUUAUACUUCCAUUUCUUAAAUUUUUGUCCUUUAGCUCUAAUAGCUUCUUAAUAGAGUACAAUAAGUCUCCAACUCACCUCUGUCUGAAGAUACACACAUCUGCACUAACAAACAAGGAACCUAGAAACCAAAGUCUUACAGCUGCCAAGCUGUAUAACUUUGUACAACUGUUUUCUGAAAACACAACUUGUUUAUAAAUAAAAGAAAAAUAGGGAAGCAACUCAUUUGUAAACUGGUGACCAACUCAAAGCACAAGAUCAUGACUGGAGUGCCAAGGAAAAUCAUUUAAUUCGUUAAAUUUAAAGCAAAAUAUAUUAAAAUAAAAUAGUCAAAUACUAUAUGCAUUAAACAGGAAAGGAACCUAAGGAAUGGCAUACAGCAUGCAUAGAUCCUUUGUCAAUGCAAAGGAGGUAGAUGUGAGAAUGAUUGAAGAAUGAGUCUGUUGAGUAUACCAGAAAAAAAAGUAUGUGGUAAUAUAAUAAUAAAAACACAGGAAUAAGACAAGUUCUUGCAUUACAGCUGAUAAGUAAGCAAUACCAGGAUAGGGUUAAGGCACUGUUUGUUGUAAUUAUGAGUUUAGGGUGGAUAGGGAGGUAAUAUGACAGGUGUCAUACAGGUAUGGAAUAGGGGACUAACCCAGAAAAGGAUUAAUUAAGAGGAGGGUAUAAAGGAAGUUUUAUGUGUUAGGGACUUCAGCAUCCAGAAGACAUAUGUAAAGACUUUUUCUUACUUUUAUGCUGUCAGAGUGUGAGCAAGAGAACACUUAUUGUAUUUAGGUGAAGAAGUUAUAUGACACUUGGGGUAUAGGAAGCAAUCCAAUUCCAUCCAAGGAAGAGAGGAAACCCCAAUUCCUUGAAUUAAGAACCUCCCUAGAGGGAGAGGUAACACCUAUGAAGGGAUUCAGGGAAACUGGUUAGCUGUACUUUAAUUCUGGAGGUAAGAAAUACAAUGAAUGCACUCUGAAGGAUGGGUAGGGAUAUCACAGUUCAGAGGAUAAUUUGAACUAAUGUAUGAGCACUUUGGCAAUGACAACUAAAAAAUAAGUGUGGUGAAUGUGCUUUUGUAAUUAGAUCACCUUGUCUUGGAGGGAUGACUUCCAAUGUGCUAAAAAAUAAAAAAAAGAAUGAUGCAAUAAAAGAAAUUAACAUCAAGAUACUGAGAAAAAGUGCUGGAGAAGCCUUCAUCCAUCAUCAGUACAGUGUAGGCCUACAAGUUAUUCUAAUAUGGCUGGACCAGCUUCCAACUAAAUAUAUCAUUUGUAUCAUCUUUUUCAUCUAUAUCUGUUCACACCCCUUCUCCAUCCCUGAACCUACAUAAUUUACACUUCUAAAGUUAGCCAGCUAGACUCAAUGGCAAGAUAGCUGUUGAAUGAAUGAUGGUAAAUGUGUUUCCUUUAAGAAUCAUCCUACCUUGGUGGGAGAUGGUCAGUAUUAAUAAAAACAUUCUAAAGUUAUUCUGAUAAGAGUACAUACAAAAAAAAACAACGAACACAUUCACAUAAUACAAAUGUGGUCAAAAGAGAAACACAAUAGUAAUAAAAUUUGCCAACACACUGAAAAUUCUAUUUAAUACACCAGUCACCUCCAAAAUGAAAAUUUCAUUCACUCAUUUAUUUAAUAACUUUUUUGCCAGAAGUCUGCAGUCAUCACAAUUCAAAUGGCACUCUAAACUGAAAUAUCCUCACCCUUCCUUCAGUGCCAGCACUGUACUUCCUACCUCCACCCCUCCUUCAUUGUUGGCACUGUACUUCCUACCUCUACCCUUCCUUCAGUGCUGGCACUGUACUUCCUACCUCUACCUUUCCUUCAGUGCUGGCCCUGUACUUCCUACCUCUACCCUUCCUUCAGUGCUAGCACUGUACUUCCUACCUCUACCCCUCCUUCAGAGUGCUAACACUGUACUUCCUACCUCCACCCUUCCUUCAUUGUUGGCACUGUACUUCCUACCUCUACCCUUCCUUCAGUGCUGGCACUGAAGGAAGGCUUAUUUCUUGGAUAGUUUUCAGAGCUUAUUUCUUGGAUAGCAUUGAAAAUUGGGUUGGGCAAAUGUUUUGUUAGUGGGAUGGAUUGUAAAGGACCUGCCUAGUAUGGACCAACAGGCCUGCUGCAGUGAUCCUCCUUUCUUAUGUACCUCCCCCUUCCUUCAUUGUUGGCACUAUACUUCCUACCUCCACCCCUCCUUCAGAGUGCUAGCACUGUACUUCCUACCUCCAGGCCUUGAGUUUGGCUAACUGGUAUCCCUGAAUACCUUCACAAUGUUACCUUGCUCACACUCGAAAGGAAGAAAUAUAAACCACUUAGUCUCCACUCUCUCCAAUCUAACACUCUCACACCAGCUUGCUGGCUGCUCUAGCUAGACCCUAACACUCAAAACUUCCCUUACCCCUUUCCU